AUGUGGGGAGGUGGCGCUUGGAACUCCGCAGCAUCUUCACCUACCACCACAAGCACAAGCAACCCCCUUCUCAACCACCUCGAUCUCCAAGUUUACCACCCAUCGCCUUCCCAAUUAUCAGCCGCUGCUGGGGCUGAGGGAGCUGUAGUUGGGACCACCGCUGGGGAAGGAGGGUUCCCCUUCCUUCCCUUUGCCUUGUACUCCCCCAGCUCUUCUGCUUCUUCCCCCUUGGCCACCAACAACGUCGCCUCAUUGCUGCGGGCGAAAAUUGCCGAAAUGCAGCGCGGGGCUGCGAUUGCGAGUUUUCAGCACUCGCAAGAGAGCAUGUUCCACCCAAGCUCACGGUUGCGGUUGUCCUCGACAGAUGACAUUGCCACCACCGGUGAGGAACAGCUCAUGCAGCCGUCCCCGUUUUCUGGCCGCCGUAGCGGCUCGGGUGCCUCUCGGGCCUCGGUCACCAAUGGCAGCGGCUUCGACAGCGCAUCAUCCCAUGCUGCCACCGGAGGUGCUGCAGGCUGGGCUGCCGACCUCUUGACCGUGAAUCAAGAUGACCUCUUCCGCAUGCUUCAGGAGGCUGAUCCCUCUUUAUCGGUGCCCCACCUCUCGACGAUCGAGGGCCUGAACAUUGAAGUCAGCCAUUCCGUCAACGUAGAUGACCUACCCACGGCCUCUGGACACACCUUUGAUGGCUUCUUGCAGGCCAUCAACCUUGCCUCAAGUGUGCAACCCCGCGACGAACGAACCAGCGACCUGCUACAGCCUGUGGUUGCCAUCUCCGCCGCCCUCGACGAUGAUACCUACCGGCUUAUGCCCAUGAAACAGCUUUUCAAGGGCGUUGGCUCAGAGAUGGGCAGCACCACUUCGGGUAGCGACACCUCUUCCCAACCCAAUACUCCGCUUUCCUUCAUGACCGAACACUCGGGCAAGCGCGGCUCUCACAGCAUGAGCGAGCUCGAUUUUAAGCGCAAGAAGCUCGGCUCUAAGCGUAAACCCGAGCGCGAUGCCUUUGAUUCAGAGGAGGCCUUCUCCCUCGCAUGGCAAGAGUGGCGCUCCGUCCGUCAAAAGAACAAUGCUGCGGUGCACAAGAGCCGUCAAAAGGCCAAGGCUCGGCGUGCCGUCGAUCGACAUGCUGCACGAGAAAAAGAGCGCAAAGCGGCUCAGCUCGCCAUGGAAGCAGAGAUGCUCCGGAAAAAUGUGGACGUGCUCAUCAAAGCCGUGCGCACCCCUGACACGCUCACACCGAUUGAGCGGGCCUGGGUUCAGACGUUGUCGCAUUCUUCCACAGGCCCAACCCUUGCUGGCCAAUGCGCUCUCUACUCGUGACCUUCGCCUUUUUGGCAGUUCAACGCCUUGCAUCCUGCUUUGAGCUCCUUGUGAUCUUGCUUCCAUUCUUGGGGGCUGUUCUGGUGUCC